UAUAUGACAUUCGGCCAUUGGGACCACUUUUAUACCUUCGGUUUUUCCAGUGAUUGCUAUACCUUUCUAGGAGAAAGGCAAAAACAAAUGAGUCAAGAAAGUAAUAACAGUUCUGUGGAUUUAUCACCGGCGACUGCAGCAGACAACAUCGUGCCACCGCCUCCGCCGGAAGCUGAGAACCCGGAACCGCGGCAACAAGGAUCGCGUCAACCGGGACCGCGUCAACCGGGACCGCGGCGUCCGGGAUCUUCACAUCCGGGGCCGUGGCAUCCGGCGUCUCGCUAUGGAGGCCGCGUAUUAAGAAAGAUUAAUAAAAACAUGGCCGAUCUAGCGGCACUACAGCGGCGGAUGUUCUCGCUAGCCCGUGCCCUAGAGCGGCAAAUUGACGAAGCGGGCAUAAGUCGCUCCGACAAAGAGGCUUACAAGGCACAACUAGAGAGCUGUUUCAACUGCCUACGGCGCUUUAUGCGAGAAUCCGACUGUAAUCCAAACAACAAUGGCGUGAAGGAACAAUCAACAAUGAAUGCAUCAUUGUUGUAUUUGGACUUGAGUAGUUCAGCAACGUCUUCUAACAUGAAAUUCGUCAACCAUGCGUUGUUGAACAACGACUUCAAAUCGCUAUAA